AUGUCAUUAUUACAAUACGGCUUCGAACUUAAAAGAGUUAGAAGUGAUUCACUUCAAAAUGAUCAAGCUUCUGAUAAUGAAGAUAAUUCUAGCAAAGAUGCCAAAAAAUCUUAUAAAAGUAAUAAUAAAAUAUUCAAACUCAAAUGGCUGAAUGAAUUUUCUUGGUUACGCUAUGAUGAAAUUAACAAAAGAAUGUAUUGUACAUUAUGUAUGCGACAUAAGAAAAAAAAUAAAUUUGCUACAGAGGGGACAACAAAUAUUUCAAGAAAAUCAGCAAUUAGAGAGCAUAUAAAUACUGAAGAUCAUAAUGAUGCAGAGAAAUUAGAAAGUUCAAGAAUACAAAUGGAAUCAUUACAAAAAGAAUUCACUUCUUCUAAUGCAAAUAUGAAUCAUAUUGUUGAUAUAAUGCGGGCUGUUUAUUUUUUAGCGAAAAAAAAUUUGCCUCUUAGACUUUUAUCAUCUGUUAUUGAAUUAUUGAAAGAGUCAGGUUCACUAGAUCUUUUUAGUGGUACGAUUACAUAUACAAAUAAUAUUUCAGGACAUGAAUUUUUGGAAGCAAUAUCAAAUACUAUUAAAGAAGAAAUUUGGAAUUAA